CUCCUGGUCAGCGAUAUAAGCGCUGGUCCCCUCAACGAGCUGGUAUAAACGCAGCACCUGAAGGAACGAGGCUCCCAACGACCCUGCGGCAAACAUGAAGCUCGCGUUCGCCGUCGCAGUUUUGGUCACCCUGGUCGCACUGACCGUGGCCCACAAAGACAAGGGAAAGCAUGGCAAGGGAAAAACAAAAGUGGUGGUCGUGGAUGCGUACCCGGAAAGGCGACCUGUGUACGACUACCCAGCUCCUCGGCCGUCGUACGACUACGGACCGACCUACGCCGAAUAUGUGGAGGUGCCUCUGAAGGUAAAGAAAAAGAAGCCCAAGAAGUCAAAGAAGCAAAAAGUUACCAUUGUGCAAGCAAGACCAUCGUAUGACUACUACGACUACGGAAAUUCCUAUAACAACUACGAUGACUACGAAGUCGUGCCUAAAAUCAAGAAAACCAAACACAUACAAAAGACCUACCGACAAUACCGGGAGCCAGUCUACUACGAUGAACCCAAGAAAGGUGAGCUAUACGACACUUGCAUGAAACUUUCAGCCCUUGAAACCAUUCCAAACAUGUUUCGAAAAAUAAAGAAUUUGAAUUUGAUUCGAUGCACUCGCGUUCAAAGAAAGCUAACAAAUGCUUAUUUAUGUUUAUCCACAGUUAAAGAAGCCUACCCAGUGCCGGUGGAAGUCCCGGUGUACAGGGACCGCAUACAGAAAGUGCCAGUUUAUCAAAACGUGCCUUACCCCGUAUAUGUCCAACCUCAGAGACAUUACGCUCCACCUCAGCCUGUCUACCACCAUAUGCCCAAGCAAGUUUACCAUCAUCAACCGAGGCCCGUUUACCAUCGUAAGUAA